GCACACUAUGCACCUCGACCACGCGCCCUCGUCGACGCCCGCUUCUCCCUUUUCCCUGCCCUCUUUCCACUCGCGUCGCCAGUGGUCGAGGCGCAACCUUCCCGUAGGAGAGAGGAUCAAGGAGGAGUAAAGAAGAGAAACAGAUGGCGAUGGCGGGCGGCGCUAAAAUGGAGCCCGCUUCCGGCGCGAAACAAUCCCGAUCCCGAAAUGCUCUGCGCUGUGUACGUUCCGUUCCCUUCUGAGGACGUCACAGUGCGAAGGGGCGGUGCUUAUGUGACGCCAGCACGUUGUCUCGUCCUGUGCCGCGCAGCCCGGAAGUCUCUGGACUGAGCUUCACUGCUUGUGCUGAGGUUUCUGUGUUGCUAGUAUUUUGGUUGCUGUGCUGCAAGCGCCUAGGUGAUGCAGUUUUCUCAUCCAGAACGCUUCGCGGAGAUCCCUGGCAAGCCCUGAGUAGUUAGAACCCUGACAGCUAUAAUAAAAGGAUCAGAGAAAGUUAAGUGUACCAGAGAAAGUUAAGUGUACAGUAUAAAUUCUUACAGUCAUGUGGCAUGUAAUGAUGGGAUGCAUUACGACAAUCACACCAUCAGUGGUGAAGGUUUGGGAUGGGAAGUGGUUGAAAACACCAACAGAAGACUUCUCACUUGGCUAAAUUUAAACACUUAAACCAAUCCAUAUUUCUGAAGCACUUUUCAGAGCAAUUUCCAGGGAAAUUUUAACAAUUAUUUGGGGUACCUGGAACACCAGAUGUGCAGCUACUGGGCGUGCCUUUGAAGGACUGAUGCAAGUGUGCUCCUCUGAAUCAGUCAAUCUCCAUCUAAAUUGACUCAUUGGACCAGCACAUCCAGUUCACAUGCAGAGACAAAUGGCUUCUCCAAAGCUCCUCAGGCCUGCGGUAUACACUGCCAUCCUCACCUCUUCUCACCCCAGAAGAAUGGACAGACCAUGUAGAUGGUGGCACCAGGAGGUCAAAGUCCAGUGUCACUUCCACAGGGAAAGAAGUCUGGCUCCCAGCAGGGAGGAAACAAGCCUGUGCAUCUCUAUAUCCUUAUUUGAUAACCCCGCAAACUAUUCCCUGCUAUAAGGACCCUAGUGUACAUACAAAUGGUGAGAUGGUGAUUUGAGUGGUGCCCCCCCAUCUUCCAGGAGCCAGAUUUCAAUAAAGCCUUUUUUCUUUUCACCAUAAUAACUGGCCACCUUUGAUUUGGUCAGCAUCAAGCAAAUGAACCUAUGUGUAAAAACCUAAGUGGCUGGCAACACUCCUAGAAAUGGGUAGUAUAUUUGAUUUGAAAGGGAAGUAACUGAGGAAUAAACUGGUAAAUAAGUCCAUAUCCAAACCAUCUUAAAGAUAGCUGUCAGAUCAAUAAGAUAAGAUAUUUGGAGACAAAAUAAAUUUGAAGAAAGAAAAAUUCAGCCAAAAGUCUGUGGACACAAGGCAGAAACCACAGAGUCUCAACUCCUUGGUGGAGAAACAAGUCCAGACACCUCCAAUUUCUGAGUAACCUAGCAGAUAAAUCUGCUAUAACCGCAACCAAAUGUAUACUAACAAAUAAAGAAAUUGAGGAAUUCAUAAAUUACAGAACUUAAAAUGUGGAAGCAGCUAAACUGAAAGGAUGCGGAAGAGGAUGACAGCUGACCAGUCCAAUUCAUACUGAACUUGCAUCCAUACGGGGCAGAGGCUUCAGAGGCUGUGAUGCCAGCUGGCUGCUCUACACUGUCCACUGUAAAUACGAACAUUUCCCCAGUACUGCUUUCAGUCACACCAAGACUCGUCAGGCUGGUUCUGCUUGGAUCAUCAGUGACUUCUUUCUUCACCUCAAUCCAGCCUACAGAGUCACCGAUGGGGCUGAGAGAACCACUGACUGCAGUCGUCCAUCUCCGCAGGGCUCUUCCUCCUCAGACAGCAAUGUAUCCGAUAGCUGUGGUGAGGGCCAGGAAAAAAGCUCGUGUGCAGCCCUGGGUUAUUGGCCUCAUCAUCUUUUUAUCCCUGAUUGUGCUGGCAGUGUGCAUUGGACUCACUGUUCAUUACGUGAGAUACAAUCAAAAGAAGACCUACAAUUACUAUAGCACGUUGCCAUUUACAAGUGACAAAGUAUAUGAUGAAUUUGGAAGAGAGGGUUCCAAAAAUUUCACAGAAAUGAGCCAGAGAAUUGAACUAAUGGUAAAGCAUGCAUUUAAUAAAUAUCCACUAAAGGGAGAACUUGUCAAGUCUCACAUUAUCAAGUUCAGUCAAGAGGAACAUGGACUGUUGGCUCAUAUGCUGCUCAUUUUUAAAAUUCGCUCUACCGAAGAUCCUGAAACCAUUAAUAAAAUUAUUCAACAUGUUCUACAUAAAAAGCUGAAAAAUGCAGUAGGACCCCCUAAGGUUAAUCCUGAUUCUGUUGAAAUUCAAAAAAUCAACACGGCAGAAUCAGACAGCUAUCUGAACAAUUGCUGUGGAACCCGAAGGACUAAAUCUGUGAGAGAGAGUGUCAGGAUUGUUGGUGGGACAGAGGUAGAAGAAGGAGAAUGGCCAUGGCAAACUAGUUUGCGGUGGGAUGGGAUUCAUCGCUGUGGAGCAACUUUAAUCAAUGGUUCAUGGCUUGUGAGUGCUGCUCACUGCUUUCAAAUGUAUAAGAACCCAGCCAGAUGGACUGCUUCCUUUGGAGUAACAAUAAAUCCUCCAAAAGUGGAAAGAGGCCUCCGGAGGAUAAUUGUCCAUGAAAAAUACAAACACUCAUUGCAUGAUUAUGAUAUUUCACUUGCAGAGCUUUCUAGUCCUGUUCCUUAUACGAAUGCAGUGCAUAGAAUUUGUCUCCCUGAUUCCACCCAUGAGUUCCUCCCAGGGGAUGAACUGUUUGUGACAGGAUUUGGAGUAGUACAAAAUAAUGGUAUCACUCAGAAUCAUCUUCGGCAAGUGCAAAUAAAUCUCAUAGACACUAAAACUUGCAAUGCACCCCAAGUUUACAAUGGUGCUAUAACUCCAAGAAUGUUAUGUGCUGGUUCCUUAAAAGGAAAAAGAGAUGCAUGUCAAGGUGACUCUGGAGGACCUCUGGUUGGUGCCGAUGCUAGAGACAUCUGGUACCUUGCUGGAAUAGUGAGCUGGGGAGACGAAUGUGGGAAACCCGACAAGCCUGGUGUUUAUACGAGAGUGACUGCCCUCCGGGACUGGAUCACUUCCAAAAUUGGAAUCUGAGGGAAAACCAGUGCAAAGAAACUGUUCCUUAUAUAUAUGUGAUAAGCCAUUUUUUGAGAUGCAGAAAUGCAGAAGCCUUGAAAAUGGCAAGGAUCUCAUCCAUCUCACUAAACUCUCUUCUUGGUACAUACUUUUCCAUUCUCACUCGUCGCCCCAUGUGAGCAUCCUGUGUCUGCCAGACACAUUUGCCCAACUUGCAUUCACAUGUUUUCUGUCAUCAAAAUUUUGACUGUCAACAUAAAUUGUUCAUGCAAAUACACAAUUUGAAGAAAUUCCUUUCUUUGUCUCAUCUCAGUAAAUUUUCAAUUGCAAGGUUUGGUACAAGGAAUGAAAGAAAAUAUAAAAAGUAUUUUUAACAGUGGAAAAAGUAUGAGGGAUUUUUCCUUUGUGGCAUAUGGCAAAUGAUCGUAUUCUACGAAAGGUCAAGUAAAGAGAAACAGAAAAUACUCAAUACCUCAUGCUGGAGGAAGAAUGGAAACUAACUUAAGAAAAUAUAGAGAAACCAGUGAGUAGCUUUAUAAAUUUCUAGUCAAAUGACUACCAAUGAAAGCAGUUCUGUUUUCUUAGGGCUACAAUAAUUAUACAAACUCUAUGUAAUAUACUUGUUUUAAGUAAGUUAUACAAUAUUUAUUUAAUA